GAGGCAUCCGGUCAGAGAAGCGCGGUGCUCCUUCGCCGGCGUCUUCCAUCUUCCUCCUCACCAGCGAGCGUCUCAAGUUCCCACGUUAAGACACCUUUUCUUCUCUUUUAACUUCUCCUGCCUGUUUUUUGAAACCGACGUGGGACCACGCGUGAGAAACUCUACCUUCUACUCGGACAAGUCUGUUAAUAUGUGAUAAAAAAAAAUCAUGGCCACUCUGGUAGGAAACUUCCUUUUUUAUACGUAAAAUGUGGAUGUAAAGAACGUUUUAAAUACAUUUAAAAAGAAGGGGAACUUAUGGCUAUACAACCCUGGCCAGACAUGGACAAAGAUGAGACUCUUGAAGGUACCAGUAAGUGCAAGAUAUGAUUCCAGCAUUGCUUGGCCCCCACCCUUACUUGCUGGAUCUAUGAAAUGACAGAUUCCCGUUUGACAAUUCUGCAUCACCUUCAUUCCUGGAUGGGUUCUUUAAACGACAAUUUUAAGAAGGAAUACCUCAAGUCAAACCCGAAGGAUUUUGGAAAUGCAGUUUGCAAGAUAAUGAUUAUGUUGAUCAGCAAUGAAUUGUAAAAUCAGUUGAAAGUACGAGCGCUUAGACCUCGGUGGACUUCGGAGAUAAUAUGCUAAUGAAUAUGCAGGAGGUAUCUGAUAUGCCUCGGAAAUCUCAUGCAUGUGAUCGUUUCCCAUCCAUGAAAGCCUUAUGGGGCUUGCUCUUUGGAAUAGUUUUUGCAAGUGCAUCUGCUUGUCCCACCGGCUGUCAUUGUACAGAAAAGAGUGGCAUGACUGUGGUCCAGUGUAUGUCUCAGAACUUGGAGAAGAUCCCAUCAGACCUACCAAGUGAUACUGUAGCUCUGAUUUUGACAUCCAAUCGCAUUACCAAAAUACCCAACCAUGCCUUCAAAGAACUAAACUACCUUCAGGAGCUGGAUCUGUCUAAUAAUGACAUCGAGACUGUGGACGUUGCAGCAUUCCAGGGUGUCACAGACAGCCUCCUUGUUCUGGAUCUGGCCAACAAUCGUAUCCACAGUGUCCCGAAAGAGGCCUUUGACCGUCUCAAAGCCAAAAUCAAUCUCUCUAAUAACCCGUGGCACUGUGAGUGCGUACUACAGGAGGUUCUGCGGGAACUGAGGCUGGACCCAGAGUCGGUGAACGACGUGGUCUGCCACACAGCCGUACAGGAGGAAUACGCCGGCAGAUCCGUAAUCCAAGUUCUGGACUCAGGAAUUAAUUUCUGUAACUUUCAUCACAAGACGACAGAUGUGGCAAUGUUCGUCACCAUGUUUGGAUGGUUCACCAUGGUGAUUGGAUAUGUCAUCUACUAUGUGAGACACAACCAAGAGGACGCCAGGAGGCACCUCGAGUAUCUCAAAUCAUUGCCCAGUAGCUCUCAGAUGACCAAGGAUUUUGACACCAUCAGCACUGUUCUCUAGCAGGGCACCCAUUAUUCAAUUGUGUCUUUGUCUUGAAAUAUGUGAGUAUUUUUUUAUUUACUUUUGUAAAAAAAAAGGGGAGGUACUUACUUUAUUCAAUAUUCCUGUUUAUUAAGUCAAUUGCUAAUUGUAGUGGUUUUGUUCAACCUUACAUGAUUCUUCUUGUUGGCAAAGCUCAAAUUUCUGACACAGAAAAGUGUUCUUUUGGCAAAUUUGUGGACAUUUUGAAGUAACAUUAUAGCUAUUGGAGAUAACACAUGUAACUCCCACUGAAAUUACUAAAGCACACAAACUACUAGGCUGUGUGACUGUCACAAAGUGUAGCGCCUUUGGCGUCUUCCACCAGUACACUCUCGAGUUUUUAAGGUAGAAAAGAAAUGAGUCUGCAUAACACACUGCAUUAUGUCCAUGUCUGUCAUAUCUGACAGUUAUUACAAAAUAAAUUAUCAAUUUAUUUUCCACCAGACCCUUAAUCAGAUACUCUAAGAAGGAGACCUUGUAAUGGGAGCUGACAGUGACUCCAACAGGAAUGAAAUGAACACACGUCAGUGACUUUAAUACGUCUCACAACAGCAGGCCCC